AUAAGCUACGCGUAGACGUAUUUGUUGAAGACGACAUAUUAGUGUAAUCGAGCAUUAGAACCUCACGUGAUCGAGUUAAUUACAUCGUUUUGGGCUUUUAGAGACAUCGUCAGUUAUCCCUUUAAUUCAAACAGAUGGGUGUAGUCAGGAUGGUGGAUGUCGUCCUCUUUCUCUUUUUCGUCUGGACCUGGGGCACUGUUGACAGUCAAAUGGAGCAGGGCGUGGAGUUAGGAAGAUGUCGAACUCGUUGUUUAGAGUUUCUCAAGUUGGAAGUGAACGAUGAAGAAUGUAUGAAAGAUGGGAACUGUAAAAUGUGCUGGGAGACAUGUGAAUACCUUCAGUGGGAACCUCACACCUGGGACUACAUGUGCAAUGCACCCCAUAUAUGUUUUCCGGGUUGUAAGAGUUCCUGUGCAUUCUGGGAAAAUCACUCAGCAGUAAAAGCAGCGACUGCCCACCACGAGCUUGUGAAACCUGUACAAGUCACCUAUAAUAAAGGAACUCUGCGUUUGGAGUGGAUGCCGCCGAAUCUGGGACAAACCUCUGGCCAUGUCAUCUAUAUCCUAAAUAGCCGAGAUGCAGGUCACAACUUUGAGGAUUGGUAUACAGAUAUUCAGACUGCAGACACGUGGGUAGAGUACGAGAUGAAUUGGUUUCCAUAUUUCAAGUUUCAAUUCCAGCUCUUAGUUGUCAGUGAAAAUGGAAUUGUGGCUAUUUCAGAAACGAGGAUACUUGAUAUCAGCCAGUUAAAUGCACUUCCAAGUCUACCCAGUGUUCAGGAUGUCCCAACAAGCACCACCUUUACCUCUGCUGACUCUCUACGUACCACCGCAGCAACAACCUUACCACCAAGCCCCACAUCAGCACCAUUAAGCUCUCCAAGUACUACAGCCAAGCAAACCGACCUCCCAAGCACCACAUUAGCACCAACUGGUCACCCAAGCACCACAGCACCAACAACUGGCCAGCCAAGUACCACGACGGCACCAUCUGCCACUCCACGUGUCCCUGCAGCACUUGUUGAUCCAAUGAACAUCUCCGUGACAGCAGGGCGAAACGGCAGCACCAUCUAUGUUUUUGUCCACUGGCAGCAGACGUCUGCAGAACCCACUGACUACAGUAUCUUCUGGGGCCUGGAGAGCUGCAAUGGCUGCACUGCUUCUACGUCUGACUACUAUGUCACACAUGUUACUGAUGUCAUGGAAGAGCACACUGAGGUCAGGCUGAUAGCAGAAUGGACAUUUAACUCGAAAUACUGGUUACAAAUUGAACGCAGAUCAACCGGAUCGUUUUCCCCAAGGAUUUCCUUUUACACUCCCGAGUGUGAAAAUACCGAUUCUACCUCCACCGUGUGUCUUCAGUCUAAGGAUGAGGAUGAGAAAGAUUAUAAUGCUGACCACGUCAGAACAGAGGAAACCAAACCCAGUCACGUGAUCGUCGUUAUAUGCGUGGCGGUCAGUGUUGUAGUGGUCAUCGUCAACGUCAUCAUUUGUAUUAGAUGUCACUGGAAACGUACAAGGGUCAUCGAGAGAAGAGCCAGGGCUAUGGGCAGGAACAACAGUUACAACGGCCCAGGAUUGUAUUCUGAUGACCAGCUGGUUUCUGUGCAGGACAAGUGGGAGCUUGACCCCAUAUGUCUGACCUUUGGUCACCAGUUGGGACACGGGGCAUUUGGCAAGGUGCUCGUUGGGUCGUGUGACGGCAAGAAAGUAGCCAUCAAAAUGGUGAAAAGUAAUGCCCCAUCUUCCUACAAAGCAGACCUACUUGCAAAGAUCAGCUUGAUGAAGAAGAUAGGAAACCACCCCAACAUCGUCUCUAUGAUCGGUUCCUGUACACUGAGACAGCCAGUGGCCUUGGUAAUGGAGUAUAUGCCUCAUAGGGACCUACAGCACUUUCUAAGACUCUGCCGUUUUGAAGGUCAACUUACGAUGGCAGACCCUAAACACAAAGUCAUUGAAUACCCAAGGGUGAAUGAAGAUGGCAGCAUUGAACAAGACACUCUCACUGCCAAGCAGCUUCUCUCAUUUGCACAUCAGAUUGCUCUGGCUAUGGAAUAUCUGUCCAGCAAAGGAUUUGUUCACCGUGACCUGGCUGCCCGUAACGUCCUGGUGGGAGCAGAUAAAGUGGUCAAGCUCAGCAACUUUGGACUGUCGAGGGAUGCUAACAAUGACCUGGAGUACAGUAAUAACCCUGCAAGGAAGUGGAUGUCCCCCGAGAGUUUGAAGGACCGCACUCACAAUGCACAGAGCGAUGUGUGGACAUUUGGAAUCCUCCUUUGGGAGAUUGUCACAUUUGGUGCAACCCCGUAUCCAGAUAUUGCUGUAACAGAGCUAGCCACCAAACUGGAUCAGGGCACUAGACUCAAGAACCCCAAGAACUGCUCCACGGAACUGUAUAUUCUGAUGCUGCAGUGCUGGCACAAACUCCCCGAGAAGAGACCCAGUUUUACCAGCAUCCGGCUUGAAUUGGAAGACAUGAUGAGUCAAAACUGCGACUUCUUAGAACUUGAAAACCUCGUGGAGCCGAUAUCAGAAGAAGAAAGAAGCGGUCCAGUCCCUGACAGCACGUUUGAAAAGACGGAAGUGUUGAAAACAAGGGAGGAUGAAGAGACUGAGGAGGUGGACGAAAGAGAGGAGGAGGAUUACGUCCAAGAGCCACCUUUUACUAAAAAGAGAAGCUUAAAGAAAACCCUCUCCCAGUUAUCAAACAUACUGGAUUCGACUAAACUGUCCAAGAAGUGUAGUGUUAAUAGUCGUAAAUCCGCAGGGUCCAGUGUCAGCUCCAGUAGACUGUCCAUGAAAGGCAGUAUCCGCCGGAAGUCAGACAAACAUCAACGUUCUCUGGAGAACCUGAUAGUGGAUGAAAUACUGGAAAGUGGAAGCGAGAGUAGCAGUGAGACACAGCUGGAUGUGCUGAAUGAAGAAGUCUUUUGAACUCUCACGUUAUUUUAUAAAGUAGGUGAUCAACACCCUAUAUGAAGUUAUGCAACUGUAUAUUUUUAUCCCACUAUUGCCAAUAUUCUCAGUGUCGGUGCUUUACAGUAUACGAUGUCAAUUUUCUAAACGAUAUAUUUCUUUCCUGUCUUUAAUGCCAAUCUGACAUGAAAUAAUGACAAACGAAAAUUCAAGUUUCAUGUACAUAUUUUAUUUCAUAUUUCGUAAUAAUUGUGAAAUUUUGAACAACGAGCUUGUAACGGCAAAUGUAUAUUUAAGUGUGAAUUUAAAUGAAUUACCAGGAUUAAACUUUGACCUAACAUUGUAAACUUUAACAUUGUUUCAAGAUGAAUUCAAGAAUUCAAGAUGACUAGCUCGAAUUUUAUCACCUGUAACUUCUGGUGUAAAAAAAAAAAACUGCCGAUAUUUCACUUAUAUGACCGAUGUUUAAAGAUGAUGGUCGAAAUUGUUUUAAAGCUGUAGUUACCUCAUAACAGUAUUAUCACUUUGUAUUAUUGUCAUUGCCAUUAUGCACAUCAGAAUAUUUCAAACCAUCUGUAAAUAAAGUAUAUAAAAUCAUAACAUUUUAAAGCUAGGAUUUUAUUAUGCAUUUGAAUUUACUGAAGAUUCUUUCUAAUUUAUUACUUCCCAAUGUUUUAUUGCACGAUUAAGGGUAACUGUAAGAAAAGUGUAUAGACUGAAAAGAGUGGUGCUUCUGAAUAAUUCUGCAAUAUGAACAAAAAUGAUAAGUAAA